CGGACCGACAAGCGCAACACUGACGACGACGAGCCCACCUACCACAUCUUAUUCGUCUAACGGUGGGCUUGCAGGCGGUGCUUUCGGGAAUGUGAUGGCCGCUGCCGCGGCGGCGGGCCAAAAGACUACUCCUCCACCACGUGGAGCGGUGCCUCUCUAUGCGUCGAACAUUUCUUCAAAUGGAACCGCAUUGCCUGCGGUGCCACCAAACAGAUACUUCGAGACACUAGGUUUCGACUUUGCUACUGACCGAAUGCAGCUAGUCUGCGAUGUGCCCGUCACAAUGGAU